UUCGUUUUGUGUUUACAGGGUUUAUGGACACGGUUUUUCCCAGUCUCUAAGGCAAUCCGUGCUCUGCUAAAAGAGAACAGUGUGGGCGAGAUUAAAAUAGUUAAAGCAGAGUUUGGAACGCAUAUGAUGGAAACUCCACGGCUGGUGGAGAAAGAGUUGGGUGGCGGAGUACUUCUGGACAUUGGCUGUUACUGCUUGCAGUUUGUCUGCAUGGCGUUCCAUGGUGAAAAGCCAGAGUCAAUUCAUGCCACAGGAUUCCUAACUGAGAAGGGAGUUGAUGAAGCAGUAACCAUUGUGCUAAAGUACCCCCGAAAACGAAUGGCUAUGGUAACUGUAUCCAUGGCAACACAGCUCACUAACCAGGCAACCAUCUGUGGGACAAAAGGGACAAUCACAGUUCCAGGCUAUAUGUGGUGCCCAACAAGUCUGGUGGUGAAUGGGAAGGUCCAGGAGUUCCCACUGCCACCUCCAUCUCAACCUCUCAACUUCACAAACAGCACAGGCCUGCGUUAUGAAGCUGACCAAGUGAGGCAAUGUCUUCAGAAAGGGCUAAAGGAGUGUCCGGAGCUGCCACUGGCUGAAAGUGAGCUGAUAAUGAGCAUUUUGGAUGAGGCACGAAGGCAGCUGGGGGUAGUGUACGCUCAAGACAGCCUGAAGCAAGAAAAACUCCUGAUUGUGUGA